CUUCGUGCGCCUGCGCAGAGCCGUUGCGGCCCGAGCGCUUGCAGGUUGAGCGGUUUCUAGCCGGCUCCGCUGAGCGGCCGGCGGCUCGACCCAGCCUGUGGCCUCGGCGUCCGCCUCCCGCGGUGCCCUCGGUAACUCGGCGGCCCUCCUGGAGCAGGCGCCCAAGACGUGGGAGGGCGAACGAAAUAAACGAAAAUAGAGAUUUUCCGGAAGGCGAAAUACACAUCCUCCCUCUGCGCCUGAGCUUGGAGGCGGGCGGCGGUGGGCGCGGGGCACCGUCCCCGGGGAAACUGAGGCUCCGGCAGGUCCGGGCCGGGGGGCGGAGAGGAAUGUGGGAGGGCGCGGGGCGCCCUUUGCUCUUCGUACCAAGCUCGACCGAGCCGCCCCUUCCCACCCCCCGCUGUCAACCAGGCCUCCCAAAAUAGAGACUGGGCGCUGUCCCCACAGGAUCUCCCGAGGACCUUGUCCCCGCGGCUUCCUUGGGCUGGCUUUGGACGACGCUUUCGCCUUCCUAGUGCCUGGGAUCCGCCGACAUGAAUCCCAUCGUGGUGGUCCACGGCGGCGGGGCCGGCCCCAUCUCCAAGGAUCGGAGGGAGCGAGUGCGCCAGGGUGUCGUCAGAGCCGCCACCGUGGGCUACUGCAUCCUCCGGGAGGGCGGGAGCGCCGUGGACGCCGUGGAAGGAGCUGUGGUUGCCCUGGAGGACGAUCCUGAGUUCAACGCAGGUUGUGGGUCUGUCUUGAACACAAAUGGUGAGGUUGAAAUGGACGCCAGUAUCAUGGAGGGAAAAGACCUGUCUACAGGAGCAGUGUCCGCAGUCCCGGGUAUAGCAAAUCCCAUUAAACUUGCUCGGCUUGUCAUGGAAAAGACACCCCAUUGCUUUCUGACUCACCACGGUGCAGCGCAAUUUGCAGCAGCUAUGGGAGUUCCAGAGAUUCCGGCAGAAAAACUGAUAACAGAGAGAAACAAAAAGCGUCUGGAAAAAGAGAAGCAUGAAAAAGAUGCUCAGAAAACAGAUUGUCAAAAAAACUUGGGAACUGUGGGUGCUGUUGCCUUGGACUGCAAAGGGAAUGUGGCCUAUGCAACCUCUACAGGGGGUCUCGUUAAUAAAAUGGUCGGCCGCGUCGGGGACUCGCCGUGUGUAGGAUCCGGAGGUUAUGCUGACAAUGACAUCGGAGCCAUCUCAACCACAGGGCACGGGGAAAGCAUCCUGAAGGUGAACCUGGCCAGACUCACUCUGUUCCACAUGGAACAAGGAAAGACACUAGAAGAGGCUGCGGACCUAUCGUUGGGUUAUAUGAAGUCAAGGGUCAAAGGUUUAGGUGGCCUCAUCUUGGUUAGCAAGACAGGAGACUGGGUGGCGAAGUGGACCUCUGCCUCCAUGCCCUGGGCAGCCGCCAAGGACGGCAAGCUGCACUUUGGAAUUGAUCCUGGUGAAACUACUAUCACAGACCUGGCCUAAGCCCCUGGAAGACUGUGUUCCAGAUGCUAGCUUAGAGGAAGAGUACAGUCUCCUCAUGAGACACAGCCUAAUCAACUAGAUCCAGAAACGGGAAAAAAAUUGUGCAGUC